AGAGAGAGGCAAGCAGGAGGAAGUUAAAGAGAAUAAAAAGAGGGCAUAGCUGUAGACUAGAGAUGCAGGAUGACUGCUCUCUCAGCCCGUGGCUCGACCGCAACUGUAUGCGAGUAGGCACGAUAUUUGGGGAGUGGCAGCAGCGUCUCACAGGGGACCUGAAGGAGGACAGGCUACUGUUCCUCUGGCUGCUUGCUUGCGACUGAGCCCCUUUGUGAUGGCAGUAUGCCAGUCAUGAACAGGUCAGGCUUGUUGAGUAAGGCAGGUUUGAGGAGGCUGUUGUCAUCAGAUGAAGUGUGGACUUUAGGAAGGAAGAGGAACCAAGUGGAAUUUGUCCCAGUGGAGCAGGAUAUUGUGCCAGUUGCAGAAUCAGAUAAUCCUCCUGCCAGUCCCUCUCACAGGUACAGUCGACAGAACCAGGCUCCUCUUCAUCUUAUCAGCCCAGAAAGAAUUGCCAAGACGGAAAGUGGAAGCACUUCACGUCAGCGUGAUUCUAUGAAGGCUUUGAAAUCAGGAGCUGAAGUCAACGAACAAAACACGCAGAGGAAGGCACAAGGGUUUUAUGAGGACACCUGCACACCCAAGAGAGUAAGUCCACAACAUCCAGCUGAAGUGCCAAUGAAGCCAGUAUUAAAUAUCCAGCAUUUCACACUCAACCGUGAGCCUCGUCCAGACACAAAAGAUGAUCUCCGGUUGGACUCUAAGAAGAGCCAUCUUAAGCCCAAUGAGCAAGAGGACAGAAAGACGACAAGCGUGGUCCAUGGCAAUGCAACUCCAGAUACCACAGCUCUAAAUGUACAGAACAAUCAGAGACUGCACAGUGUGCUGAUGUUUAACAACAACCACAAUAUCUGUGACCAGGAUGCAGGGAGCCAAUGGAAGUCAUCUCUUGCAUACUCCAAAACUGAUAAAACCAAUGCAGACUAUGAGCUUCCUGGACUAAAAACUCAGGCGUGUACAAAUGAGACUGUCACAGACAAUCCACUUAUUGAAAACUUGUUUCUGGAAGCAGUAAGUGCGGAAAUAAGAAAGGCUGAGGAUAGUCCAUCUUGUGAUGUCAGUCUGUCUGAGAUAGAUGAGAAGUCAGAGGCAAUUUCGUUUCAUAGCGAAGUACUCGCUUGGUCUGAGGAAGAGAGGGACUGUCUCGAUGAGGAGAAGACUGAAGCAGCUCAAGAAAGUAGUUGCUCUUUAGUUUUUGCAGAAAAGUACACUAUGGUACCAGACAAUUUUCAGCUUUAUGUGAACAAUAAACAGGAAGGACGCGAUACACCGCCACGUUACGAAAGACAAAUGACUGGAGAGUCUACUUUAUCAGAAAUUCUCUCUCCUGUAGAUGAGGUUUUGUCUUACGGAAGUGCAGAACUCUCCCCAUCCGCUAAAGGAGGAGACGCAUCAGGUCUCGACAUCCACGGUUGUCCUCCUCCCCCUCCUGCCUUUGAGAUUAUUACAUGGACAAGUGAGGAGGAACUUCAAGCUCCACCUGAUUCUGUGGAAGAUCUCUCCAUUAACAGUGAGAACAUCCCUCCUCUCCCUGUGGACUUCUCUCUGAAAAGAAGAGAGUCUCUAAGUAUAGGCUCUAACAGUCUGAGGGAAAAGGAGGUAAACGAUGAUACUAAUGGAGCUUUAUGUGAGGAUGCAGAGGAAAACGAAUACUCGGAGUACACUAGCUCACUUCCUGAAGAUGUGAGAAAUGAAAUCUCAGAUCCACUGUCCCCCUUUCAGAUUGGAGACAGAGUUCUUGUGUGUAACUCCAGACCGGGUGUGCUGAAAUAUAAAGGCCUCACAGCGUUUGCGAAUGGUUUUUGGGCUGGUGUGGCUUUGGACAACCCAAAUGGAAACCACAAUGGAACUUUUAGAGGUGUGAAGUACUUUAGCUGUGACAAAAGUCAUGGUGUCCUGGUCAGAGCUGAGGACAUCGCUCAUAUACAUAGAGAACAUAGUAGUGAUGUAGAGAUUGGGGUGGAUGAAGAUCCCUUCUCAGAUGAGGAACUGCCUAGCGCAAAGAGAGAUAAACAACAGAAAAACACAUCAGCGGCAGAUGGACAAAGAGUACAUGCACAUAGUCAGUGUCCUCCUAGAGAUGAGACCAUACUUACAAUCACCACAUGCACAAAACAAAAAGAACCUCAGGAAGACACGUCUGAUGGAGCGAGAAACCUUUCACAUCCCUCUGAAAUGCCCUCGCCAAGACCGGACUUUGAGCUCCAUCAUAAUGGGCAAAACAGGAAUCAUGUGGAUACUAAACUGACAGAAGAGCUGAUCAAAGAUGCUCAGGAUACCAGAAAGAGACAAGGAAUUAAAUCAUUGCGUGACAGUCAAUCUACAGAUACUGAUGUCAGAAAAAGCGAGGAUGGUUAUUUUAAGCCAUGCGUCUUGGAGCAGUGGCAUCAAGCCCAACCCGACACGCCAUCAAAGAUAAAGGUGUCCCCCCAUGAAGACAGUAUCGUGUACAGAUUAGUGAAUGCUGCAGUAGAAAUUCUGUGCAGCCAAGCAAAUGAAGGCACUCUUGACCUUUAUGAAACACCAAGCUAUCUACUGGACGAUGACAGUCGCAAACAUUAUCGAAAGGUGAUCUUUCAGUUAACAUCUGAUGUACUUCAUGAGAUUUUGGGUGAUCUGCUAAGAACAAAGUCUGCCCAGAAUAUAGAUGAUCAAUCUGUAAUCUCAACUCUGCAAUCAAGUAAAAUUUCAGUCACAUUUUUAAAGGCUGCAGUGAGAAAAGAGAUACAGAAAAUUCUGAAUUUAGAGCGAAGUGAACAACAGAUGACAGAGAUGCUCCAAAAACUGUGCAAAUACUGGUAUGCCAAGAGAGACAGAGUGGACUUUAUACUGAUUCAGGAACUUCAUAAUGAGGAGAGAAGCUGGCUAGACUACAGAACUGACCAGUACACUGUGAAAAUGCAUCUGACUGAAGAGAUUUUCAGCCUUCUUUUGGAUGACACAAUAUUAGCCCUAAAUCAUAUGCACUUUUCAACCUAAAAGUCAAGUUUUUGAAACUUGAUGGCAUUUCAUAUUCCGCCUCUUUGAUGUGUUGUUAUUUUCUUUUUGGGUGAAUCUCACAAAUCACAUCAAGAACAUUCCCAAGUCAUAUUUCAUAUAUUUCAUAAAUGAUUUUAUAAACAUAAUGCUCUUUUAUGACUAUUAGGUUUUCUUGCAUUAUGAAAUUAUUUGCACAUGACAAUUAAGCACAUUUUUCCCUAAUUUACACUUUUUGAAAUUACCAUAAUGACAACCAAACAAAGUAUGUAUACAUCAUAUUAGUAUUGGUUGUACAUAAUAUAUCAUAGUUAUUUGUUUAUUCUAAUGCAUUAAAAAUAACACUUUUACAGUAUUACAGUAAUGAGAAUCUAAUGCAAAUCACCAUGAUGAAUAAUUACAAAACAACAACAACAACAACAACAAAAAAGCUUAAAAGUAAAUGUUAUGAUAUAUUACAUUAAUGAGAAUUUCAGGACAAAAUUUGCUUGAUGGUCACACAAUGAGUCCAUUAGGAACAUAUCAAAAUACAAACAAUGAGUUCAUUUUUUCUGUAUGCAGUAGGCCUAUAUAUUUUUCUUUUGAUUAUGGAGAGAAAUAUGUGUAAAGGUUACUCAUUGAUUAAUUCAUUAUGUACACCUGAGUCUUGUUUAGUUAGCCAUGUAUUUAAAGGGUUAGUUCACCCAAAAAUGAAAUUUAUGUCAUUAAUUACUCACCCUCACGUCGUUCUACACCCAUAAGACCUUCGUUCAUCUUCAGAAUACAAAUUAAGAUAUUUUUGAUGAAAUCUGAGAUGCUUUCUAUCUCCCGAAAAGAAACAACAUGAUUAUAUCAAAGUAGAACCUGGAAGCACUGGACGUAAAAGACAGGGUAGAGAAGAUAUUGUUGAAUAAAGUAGUUAUUUAUGUUUUGUUUUUGCAGAGAAAAAGUAUUCUCAUUGCUUCAUAACAUUAAGGUUGAAACACUCAGGGCAAGUAAUUAAUGACAGAAAUUUCGUUUUUGGGUGAACUAACCCUUAGUUUAAGCCAUUUCUGUUUGUUCUGUAUUGCCUUUACAAAUGUGAUGCUGUUAUGUAGAUUUCUCACUUCUAGAUUACAUUUUUUUUGUGUAUAAAUAAACCAAGUCUACUGUA